UUUUGCUACUAGGGAGAGAAUUUACUUUCCCUUCAUUUGUGAAGCAAAUCAUACCAUAAUAGAAAGCUAUUGUGAUGAUGAGAGAAUGGUGUUAUCUUCACACAGGCAAAGCGUUGAUGUCGAUUAAGGCGUCGUUUAGCAACAUAGCAACUGUGUUGCUGGACUGGGAUGAUGUUCACAACGAUGAUUUCUUUGCUAAUUAGAGACCUGAAGAAUCUACAAUCCAUGGAUUUUCAAGGGAACAAAUUAACUGGUCAAAUUCCUGAUGAGAUAGGCAACUGUGUUUCUCUGAUGCUGGUUUUCGAUGAAGAUGUUGGGCAAGACAAACGAUUGGGCAUAGCAAAAUUAAAGCUGAUUGAGCUGGAAGCUAAAACUCCAAAAGAGGUUGAAGUGAGACUCUUUCCAUCACUUGAUAUGCUUAAAAUAAAAGAUAAGAAGGAUAGAGGAACUCUUACUGUUAAGGUGUUGUAUCAUCAAUUUAAUACAGGAGCAAUUGGCCGCCUUAGAAGCUGAAAAGAUGAUCCUAGAAGAGAGAAAGAAACUGAAAGCAGCAGGAGUUAUAGGAAUUGGAUGAUUCAGGUAUAUAAUCAUCAUUUUGGUGAAGAUGAUUGAUGACUUGAUGAAGCUGAAGAGAGCUAUGGAUGAAGUUAUUUUCAGAGAAUUUGGAGAGCACACUGAAUAUUAUUAUUUUUAUGAUUUUGUAUUGUCAUAUUGUAUUUAAAGGAGUUUUAUUUAUUUAUUUAUUUUAUGGAAAAUUGAAAAAUGAAUGCUCAUUCACAUUAUGGUAUAUAUUUUGAGAAUGGUGA